AUACUGUGACAGCACUAGUCAAAUGUAAAGCGAAUCCCCUUGUUGCUUCCCAAAACCAACUGAAGAAAAAAAAAGAAAAGAAACCCUCGCUUUACUUUACUUCCAUUGCAUUGCAUUCGGUGUGAGACCUCAUUUUCGCUAUGUCUUCCAUUUCCCAACCUUAGAUUUUCUUCAGGGGGAGAGAGAGAGUGGGUGAAGUUUUCUUUCGUUUUUUUUUUUUUUUUUAUUUAUAGAAAUUUUCUUUCUUUUUUCGACUAUACGAUAUGUACGUGGAGCCUCCGCCCCAGCGUUCGGAUCCGGGUUCUGGAUCCGGUGAUUUGCGGGUUUACCAAGCGUGGAAGGGGAGCAAUAAGUUUUUUCUUCAGGGAAGGUUCAUAUUUGGACCAGAUGCAAGAUCAUUGGCCCUGACGAUUUUUCUUAUUGCUGCUCCUGUUGCAGUUUUCUGUGUCUAUGUUGCCAAAAAACUAAUAGAUGAUUUUUCUGAUCACUUGGGGAUAACUGUAAUGGCCAUUGCUGUUAUAUUCACAAUUUAUGUGUUAGUUCUUCUCUUGUUAACAUCUGGCCGAGAUCCUGGCAUAAUUCCUCGCAAUGCGCAUCCUCCAGAACCAGAAGGCUUUGAAGGUAGUCUAGAUGUUGGGGCUGGUCAAACUCCUCAAUUGCGGUUGCCUCGCAUUAAGGAGGUUGAGGUCAACGGAAUUACUGUUAAGGUCAAGUAUUGUGAUACAUGCAUGCUCUACAGGCCUCCUCGAUGCUCUCACUGCUCAAUUUGUAAUAACUGUGUGGAACGGUUUGAUCACCAUUGCCCCUGGGUUGGGCAGUGCAUUGGGCUGCGUAAUUAUCGCUUCUUCUUCAUGUUUGUCUUCUCAACUACACUGCUUUGUAUAUAUGUUUUCGCAUUUUGUUGGGUCUAUAUCAGAAGAAUCAUGGAGUCAGAGGAGACAACAAUUUGGAAGGCUAUGAUCAAAACCCCAGCUUCCAUAGUGUUAAUUAUUUACACCUUCAUAUCAAUGUGGUUUGUUGGUGGCCUUACUGCCUUUCAUUUAUAUCUAAUUAGUACAAAUCAGACUACAUAUGAGAACUUUAGAUACCGAUAUGAUCGACGGGCCAACCCAUAUAACAAGGGAGUGUUCAAUAAUUUCAUAGAGAUAUUCUGCACCAGCAUUCCCCAAUCAAAGAACAAUUUCAGGGCAAAGGUGCCAAUGGAACCAGCAUUACCUGCUCGGUCAGUGGGUGGAGGCUUUAUGAGUCCAAGUAUGGGAAAAGCUGUCGAUGACAUAGAGAUGGGCAGGAAAACAGUCUGGGCCGACAUGGGUACCGCUCUCGAUCAUUCUGAAGGUCAACUGAACGAUCGCAUGGCUGUAAAGGAUGGGGAAUUUGGUGAGUUGUCUCCAGAAAUUAGGACAACAGUAGACGAAACAAGUGAUCGUGUUGGAAUACAUCCCAGGAGAUCCAGCUGGGGAAGAAAAAGUGGAAGCUGGGAAAUGUCCCCUGAAGUUCUUGCUUUGGCAGCCAGGGUUGGGGAAUCAAAUCGUAUGGGUGGAGGUAGCAGCAGUUUGACCACUGAAAACAGGCAUACAUAGCCACUGAAAUUAAUAGUCUGGCUAAGGAUUUUAUUUGUUGUAAUUAAAAGAUUACAUUUCUGAAAGAGGUAAAUCAACCGCAAAAUUAAUUGUAUUUGCAAUGUGGGGGGUGAAGGCUUUGCGGGGUGCUUGUUAGUGUUGCUUUAGCCAUUGUCCUUCUAGGAAGGAAUUGUGUUGUUCUGAGUGAGCUUUUCUUUGCCUUGUGUUGUAUCAAGCUUACUAAUUAACUACUAGCCUUUGUCUUACCAAUUACCAAUUAACUGUGUCUUUGCUACAGUUUGUCUAUCCUGGAGGACAAAAUUCAUGGGAAUUAUUAUUGACAUUCACUUCUGAAGCUUGAAUUUAAAGCUAGUAUGGAUUGUAAACUCAACUCAUGGAAAGAGUUCUCAAUCAAUCUCAUUUCAUA